UCAAUGAACUCAUAAUAAAUAUUAAAUAUUAUUCACAAAUCACUGAAUUGUCUGUCAAUUCAUCGAUACAUCACUUGAAUUGAUUCACUUAUCUGAAGAUAUUUAUACAGAUAAUGGAUGAAUGGUUAUCACGUCUUGAGUCGAUGCAACUCAAGAGGAGUGAACUAAACCUUUUAAUUAUGGAUUACUUGAUGGCCGAGGGAUUUAAAGAGGCGGCCGAACGAUUCAAAUGCGAGGCCAAUAUAGACACCGAAAAGAUGAGUGAAAUGGUUAACAUCCGCGAGACAAGUGACCAAAUGGAUAGAAGAAUUGAAGUAAGGAAUGCCAUUGAAGACGGAAAGAUCAAAGAAGCCAUGAAUAAGAUUAAUGAAUACUAUCCCGAACUCAUCGACAAUAACAGACACUUAUAUUUCAAACUACAGCAACAACAACUGAUUGAACUGAUCCGCGAUCAUCUGCUUGAAGAGGCCCUACAGUUCUCACAGCAACAGUUGAGUGUCGACGGAGAUUAUCUACAACUUCCAGAGCUUGAGAGGACAUUAUCACUGUUGGCCUUCGAGAAGCCGGAGAACAGUCCGUACGCAGACUUAAUGCACGCAUCGCACAGACAACAGUUGGCCUCUGAAUUAAACGAAGCAAUACUUAAGGAGGAAUCGGGUGAAGGACACGCAGCAAAACCCAAAUUGGUUUCACUCAUUAAACUACUUUUGUGGACACAAAAUGAGUUGGAGAAGAAAAAAGUAAAGUUUACUAAAAUAUCAGAUCUCAUGUCCGCUUCCUUUUCUAAUGGCGACUAAAAAUCAUUCACUUUUUUGACCAAAUUUAUGUAAUAUUAUUAUAAUU